UGGGCCGGAAGUAACUAUGACAGACCGGAAGGGACCCUACGCGAUCCCGGAAGUGUCCCGGCGCGGGGAACGGAAGAGAAGGCCGCGCUCCCCGGCGAGCAUCCAAGAUGGCGGAGGUGGGGGAGGUAACCGAGGGCUGCCGCCUGCCCGUGUUGCGUCGCAACCAGGACAACGAAGAUGAAUGGCCUCUGGCUGAAAUCCUCAGUGUUAAGGACAUCAGUGGCCGGAAGCUUUUCUAUGUGCAUUACAUUGACUUUAACAAGCGUCUGGACGAAUGGGUGACCCAUGACCGGCUGGACCUGAAGAAGAUCCAGUUCCCCAAGAAGGAAGCCAAGACUCCCACCAAGAAUGGGCUGCCUGGCUCCCGGCCCAGCUCCCCAGAGCGGGAAGUGAGGAAGACCUUGGAUCUGUCUCUACAACCUGCCUCAACUCCAGCCAGCGGUAAAACCCUCCCCAUCCCAGUGCAGAUAACGCUCCGCUUUAACCUACCCAAGGAGAGGGAGGCUGUUCCCGGGGAGCCUGACCAACCCCUCUCCUCCAGCUCCUGUGUCCAGCCGAACCAUCGGACAACGAAGCGGAAGGUGGAGGUGGUUUCCCCAGCAACCCCCGUCCCUGCUUCCACAGAGACCACUCAAGCCUCUGUUUUCCCCCAGAACGGCUCAGCCAGGAGAGCAGUGGCUGCCCAGCCUGGCAGGAAGAGGAAAUCCAACUGCCUGGGCACAGAUGAGGACUCUCAGGACAGCUCUGAUGGCAUCCCCUCGGCCCCGCGCAUGACGGGCAGCCUCGUGUCAGACCGCAGCCACGACGACAUCAUCACACGCAUGAAGAACAUAGAAUGCAUCGAGCUGGGCCGGCACCGCCUGAAGCCCUGGUACUUCUCACCCUACCCGCAGGAGCUCACCACCCUGCCGGUGCUGUACCUCUGCGAGUUCUGCCUCAAAUACGUCAAGAGCCUCAAGUGCCUGCAGAGGCACCUAACUAAGUGCGACCUGCGGCACCCGCCUGGGAAUGAAAUCUACCGCAAAGGCACCAUCUCCUUCUUUGAGAUCGAUGGGCGCAAGAACAAGAGCUACUCACAGAACCUCUGCCUGCUGGCGAAGUGCUUCCUGGACCACAAGACCCUGUACUAUGACACUGACCCCUUCCUCUUCUACGUCAUGACAGAGUAUGACUGCAAGGGCUUCCACAUCGUGGGCUAUUUCUCCAAGGAGAAGGAGUCAACAGAAGACUACAAUGUGGCCUGCAUCUUGACCCUGCCCCCAUACCAGAGGCGAGGCUAUGGCAAGCUGCUUAUUGAAUUCAGCUACGAGCUCUCCAAGGUGGAAGGGAAGACGGGGACGCCAGAGAAGCCACUCUCAGACCUCGGGCUCCUCUCCUACCGCAGCUACUGGUCCCAGACCAUCUUGGAGAUCCUCAUGAACCUGAAGUCUGAGAACGGGGAGCGCCCACAGAUCACCAUCAAUGAAAUCAGUGAGAUCACCAGCAUCAAGAAGGAGGAUGUGAUCUCCACACUGCAGUACCUGAACCUCAUCAAUUACUACAAGGGCCAGUACAUUCUGACGCUCUCAGAGGACAUAGUGGACGGGCACGAACGGGCGAUGCUGAAGCGGAUCCUGCGCAUUGACUCCAAGUGUCUGCACUUCACACCCAAGGACUGGAGCAAGAGGGGCAAGUGGUGAGAGGCAGGGCCUGUCUGCCACCCACUCCCCCAUGGCCCUGGCAUGGGGCCUCACAGACAUCCAGCUAACGUGCAGCUCCUGGGAGUUUAUCCCAGGGCCAGGACAGACUGGGCAACAGCAUCUCCAAGGAUGAUCAUGUGCUCUGCCACAGGGCUAGGCUGGGGCUGCAUCGUUCGCCGGCCAUGGCUCGAGGUCCAUGGGAAGGGGCAGAGGCCCCCAUGCUGCUCUCCUUGUCUCAGCGCCAGGGUGAGGGCCCCAUUUGCGUGUAGGACUUGCAUCUUGCCAGGCCACCUUGAACAGUGUGGGCUGUGACUGAGGAGCCCAAAGGCUGAGAAUAGGUGGCCCUGGGCCCACAGCAGCUGGCCAGCAUUUGCAUUUCUCUGUCACUCGAUCUGAGUUUUUGAUAAAGAUCCUGGAACUAAAA